CUCAAAAUGUCUUGGCACAACAAACACCCUCUUUGUUGCAACAUGCCUUAACCACAUAACAUGUUACUACGUGAACACAAAGCUAGAGAGUAGCUGCGCGCGCUUUUAAUGUUAAACAGCACAUUCUCUCUGCAUGUGUUAGAGGAGCCCUGUUUAUCCUUAAAUAAGCACCUAACAGCUGCAAACUUACGCUUACAGAAGAGCAAACAAUUAUCUAAUAUAUCCUUAACCUGGAUUCGCAAGGAUUCGCGCCCUGGCUGUGCGAGGUAGCAGAUAUGGCUGAUAAAGUGUUGGGUGUACGCGGUGG